UGCUCUGACGUUGUCCACGUUUGGGAUUAACUUGUUUUUUUAUGCCGCCAUAUCCCUUGUAUUUUUUUUUUUAAUGGAGGCCAGACGAGCUGAUAGUACUGAAUAAUAUGACUUUGCUUCAGUAGGCGCUUCGCUUCAGCCUCCUCUGUGCGUUGGGUUUUGGAAAUGGGACGGGUUUGUCCUGCGGCGCAGAUUGAGAGGCUGACUGAGGAGCAGCAGACGUCGCACUGACAGAGCUACUGCGCCGAUGUCCCCUUACGCAGAUAAUAAUAAUUAUUAUAAUAACAAUAAUGGGGGCAGACGGAAGUAAAAACAGGAAGAGGGCCUCAGGAGGGGCUGAGGACGAGCCCAUCCCAUCUGGAUGGCGGGGUCUCCUCUCCAGCAUGAGCCUGUCUAUCCCAGAAGGCCUCUGCCGCUUGGCCCCACCAGCCCUCCGUCUGGGCCAGCGUCGGAUGCUCCAAGGAAAAGCCCCUGAGGUACCAGAGCACGUCCUCAGGUUGGCAGGAGUCGGCCCAGGCAGGCUGAGAGGAGAGUGGAGCCUCCCAGGCUUCGUUACCAUGUUUCUGCCUGAAUUCCCCCACAGAGCUGUGCCAGGGCACGAACACUUUCAGGUGCUGGGAUACAUUGCCAAAGGUUCAUUUGGACCCAUUCUGAAAGUGAGGGACAAGUCCAAACAGAAAACAUAUGCUGUUAAAGUUAUACCUAAAGCAGAGAUUUUAAGACUGGCGGUUUUGGAGCAGUCAAAAGAGGAAGUUAUAGUUCAGCGUCAGGUUCGCCACCCAUUUGUCCUCGACCUCCAGGAUUGCUGGCAGACUCAGCGCCACCUUUACAUUAUGUGUGACUACUGCAGCACAGGGGACCUCUACACCUACUGGCAGAUGAUUGGUCAGUUCUCAGAGGAAACCCUGCGAAUAUUUGCAGCAGAGCUGGGAUGUGCACUCGGGUUUUUGCAUGACUUUGGGGUCAUCCACAGGGAUGUGAAGAUGGAAAACAUCUUGUUGACGGACAACGGCCACCUCCGCUUGGCUGAUUUUGGUUUGUCCCGCCGACUGGAGAGAGGAGGCCGAGCCUUCACAAUCUGUGGAACCAUCCAAUACAUGGCUCCAGAGGUGCUCAGUGGUGGACCUUACAACCACGCAGCUGAUUGGUGGUCACUGGGAAUUCUGCUGUUCUCAUUGGCCACUGGGAAGUUCCCUGUUCCUCCAGAACCAGAUCAUUGCAGCAUGCUGAGGAAAGUGAGGAGUUUUCCCUAUGAAAUGCCCCUGAGCCUGAGUUCACCGCUCUCCAUGUUAAUAACAGAGCUUUUGUGCAAAAAUCCACUACGACGCCUGAGGAGCUUGGAACGUUUCAAACGACAAACAUUCUUCUUUGGGACAUCUUUUGACCUCUACCUCCUUCAGCGCCGGCCUGUGCAGGUGAUCUUGGAGCUGAGAGAGAGACCAGACCGUGCUGCCAAAGCUCGAAGGGGCCUCACUUUGUCCCUGCUGCCCCUGAAGGGCUUUGACUUUGAUUCUCUCCUCAGCCCUGCUGCCACACCGGACACACAGCUGGAUGGAGACACACGCACACGCGCAGCUGUCCCGCUGCCGGGCCCCUCACUGCAGCCCACUCAGGAAAAAGUUCCACGCAGGGAAGUGUUUGUAUGACAAAGUCUGGCUACAGUGUGGAAGGGAAAGGCCUUCAUUGUGUGCAAAAACACCAUUUGAUUAUUUUUUACUCAAAAAUUAAGAGAGUAAAAAAGUGAAGGAUUUAAAUACAUAAACCCCCAUAUUUACAGUGCCUUGCAAAAGUAUCCAAUAUUGCAACAUUGUAGCCACAAACGUCACUGUGUUUUAUAGGGAAUUUAUGAGAUAGACCAACUUUUAAGUAUUGCAUAAUUGUAACGUGGAAGCACAAAUAUACACGGUACUUUAAAAACUGCAGCAGGAAAUCAUUUUGGGGUGUUUCUCUACUGGCUUUGUUUGUUGAAACUUUACUCUGUGCAAAAAAUAAAGUAAAAAUAAAAAAAAUUUAAAAAAAUUAUCCUUCUACUUUACAGUCAAGCUUUAUUUUGUUUUGCUUUGUCUCAAUCCUACUCAUGAGUUAAUAUUUGUGGUGAUAACAUGAUGUAAUGUGACUAAUUCAAGACUGAAGAGUAUUUUUUGCAAGGCACUGAAAUAACAUUGUACUUUUUUCUGUAAUUUUAUUUUAUUCUACACCUUUUAACAUUUAAUGUCUCUUUUGUAGCAUUUGUUCAGGGGUUUUGUGCCAUUACCCAGUUAGUAAAACAUCCAGUCUCCUCAUGGUUCGGCUGGCAAAACAUUGUGUACUGAAGAUAAUUUAAUCCUAAAUUGAAAAGUUAGGCUAAUAGCUCUAACUAUAUUGUAUUUGUUUAACCAUUUAACCUUAUUUGUAGUGAAAUCCAGCCAAAACCCUUAAGAAAGGAGAGAGGAUGUUCAAACCUUUGCCUUUAUCCAUCAUGUUGUGUCAUGAAACCAUUUUUUAACAAAAGUGGACAAAAACAACUCCAUCAUUCGUUCUAACUCCUUACCUUUGUUGUCCUGCCUGUAGAACUGGUUACAGCAGAAACUUCUCCUCUGAUCUCAAAGUGAAGCAAGCAACACAGCCUUAGAGUCUGAUGAGCAACUCUGCGUUUAUUUCCUACAACCAGUGACUCAGGGCAUUGCUGGCUUUACUAUUUAGCUUAAUUUUUCACAUCAAGUCAGAUUUUGAACAGUAUGCUCCAAACUUCUAUUUGAACUUUAUAAUAUUUUUAUAAAUAUGAAGACUAUUUUCUAUUGUUUUUUCCUCACUAAACAGAUAUUUAGAUGAAUUUUAUAAAUGAUGCAUGAUGUUUACCCAGAUUGAUUCACAUGCACAACUCUGAGCUUACCUUCUCGAUCACAAAUGCUUGUGUACAUAUUUAUAGAAUAUAAGCAUAUUCCUCUUUAUAAAGCUUAUAUAAACAUUUUUGGAGAGUAUUUCCUCAUGUAUUAUGAUGUCUUUUUGCAGUUACCAUGUAGCAGAAAACAAAUAUUAAAAUAGUUCUGCUGAUUUUUUUGGCUUUUUGUUGUGAUGUUUGGGUGCACGGAUCUCUAUUGUCUAACUCACCCCAACAUUGUGUCAGAUUAUUGCAGAAUAUCCUGCCUCAGUUAAGAAAUCACAUUGUGCAUUUACUUAGCUGAGUUACUCAACACACCUUACUCACAGAUUGACAUUUAAAACACUAAAAUUAGCAGGUGGUGGUCUAUACUUGGAGAGAAAGAUUUCUUUAGAUUCAAUUUAAUAUUUCAAAUUUACUCAUUGAAGACAAAAAAAUGUUUGCUUCUCCUAUUGCUGACAAUUACAUUUGAUUCUCUAUUUAUUUAACAUCCUUUUUUUAAAAAAUAAAUAAAUAACAGAUGCAUUUAAUGUUUCCACACCUAAAACCAAACCAGUAUUUUGACUACAUAAUAGUUUGUCUUGAAACAAAACAUUCCAUUGGCUGACAGACAAAAUAAAGACAAAAUACUUAAAGACAACUUCAAGUAUUUUUAGGAUGGACAUCUGGACUUUACUUUUUUCCAAUUCUUUUUCAAGGAAACUCUUUGGUAACCAUCAUUGUGAAGUUUACAUAUUCUCAAUUGGAUUUAAGCCAGGACUUUGUUGUGGCAAUUCUAAUGUCUGAAUAAACUUUUGAUCUAAACCCCUCCAUUGUUUUCUGACUUCCAGCAGGACUACAAGAAUCAUGCAGCCAGUUGUAAGUCUUUUGCAGCCAACUACAUGUUUUCUG